AAAGGCUGCCCCUGUAUGUGGGUGUUUUUGCUGAGUAUUUAUGGUAGAAGUUUUUGCUUUUUUCUGUAUGUUUCUGAAAGCUUGUCUUUUCCUUUUUUCUUUUGUCAUCUACAGGUUCGAGAACUUGUCUUGGACAAUUGCAAAUCAGAUGAUGGGAAAAUUGAGGGCUUAACAGAUGAAUUUGUGAACUUAGAGUUCCUCAGUUUAAUAAAUGUAGGCUUGAUUUCAGUUUCAAAUCUCCCCAAACUACCAAAAUUGAAAAAGCUUGAGCUCAGUGACAAUAGAAUCUCUGGAUGUCUGGACAUGUUGGCAGAAAAACUUCCAAAUCUCACACAUCUAAAUUUAAGUGGAAAUAAACUGAAAGAUAUCAGUACCUUGGAACCUUUGAAAAAGUUGGAAUGUCUGAAAAGCCUGGAUCUGUUUAACUGUGAGGUUACUAACCUGAAUGACUACCGAGAGAGUGUCUUCAAGCUCUUGCCCCAGCUGACUUACCUGGAUGGCUAUGACCGAGAGGAUCGAGAAGCUCCUGAUUCAGAUGCUGAGGUGGACGGUGUGGAUGAAGAAGAGGAUGAUGAAGAAGGAGAAGAUGAGGAGGACGAGGAGGAUGAGGAUGGUGAGGAAGAAGAAUUUGAUGAUGAAGAGGAUGAAGAUGAAGACGAAGAUGUAGAAGGAGAAGAGGAUGAAGAUGAAGUCAGUGGGGAGGAAGAAGAAUUUGGACAUGAUGGAGAAGUUGAUGAAGAUGAAGACGACGAGGAUGAGGAUGAGGAUGAAGAGGAGGAAGAAAGCGGGAAAGGUGAAAAGAGGAAGAGAGAAACAGAUGAUGAAGGAGAAGAUGAUUAAGAACCCAAAUAAUCUGCAAAAAAAAAGAACUGUUCAGUAUUGGUUGGACUGCUCAUCAUAUGGAUUUGGUAGCUGUUUAAAAAAAAAAAAAAGGUAGCUGUGAUACAAACCCCAGGACACCCACCCACCCAAAGAGCCAAAGAAUAGUUCCUGUGACAUUCCGCCUUCCUCCAUUUAGUCCCUUUUGGAAAUUCACCACCAAGCUUGGGGACUGCACCCCAACAACAUUGUAAGCGUUGUUAGGUUUUCAUGUAAGACUCUUGCUGUAGCGUGGAUAGCUGUGAUUGGUGAGGCAACCAGCUGUGGCUACCAGUUACACCAAGACUGUAACAGCAUUUUUACUUUCUGUACAACAAGAAGCCUUGUAAAUAAAAUCUUAACAUUUUGGGUCUGUU